GAUCUUCCGUGAAGCAAACGAGAAACUUAAUUCCGUAUAAGGAAAUUCUCGUUACAACUAAAAAUGGCUGAAAUGAGCGAUAGUUUAGUGAUCAGUGCAACAACCAAUCAACAUCUCAGAAGCAAUUCCAUUCCUACACCAACAUCUGAAACAAACCAUGACAGUGGCGGGACGGGCCGGCAGAACGGCGGGCCGGCGCGCACUGCCAGCCUGGGGACCGGAGGCGUGGGCGGCGGGGGCGGCGUGCGCACUCCGCCCCUCGAGCGCAAGAGCAAGCUGUCGGCGCUCGUGCGCGUCUUCAAGCCCUGGAAGUGGAAGCGCAAGAAGAAGUCCGACAAGUUCGAGGCCGCCUCUCGCUCGCUGGAGCGGAAGAUCAGCGUGCGCGCCAACCGGGACGAGCUGGUGCAGAAGGGCAUCCUUCUGGCCGCCGACACGCCCUCGCCGCCCGCCUCCGCGCCUGCUGCCACGCCCAUCUCCAGCCUCACGGCGUGCGCGCGCGGCGGCUCCCCCGCGCAGUCGCCGUCGCCGUCGUCGCCGCCGCCCACCUCCGGCACGGCCGCUGCCGCAGCCACGGCCGCGCCCGCCACGUCCACUGCCACCGUAACCACCGCUCCUGCCACUGCCGUCGCUGGUGGUCCAGAAGUGAGUGAUGCGCCCCCACCGGCCCCUCCGCCCCCUGGCAGCAGCGUGUCAGUCGCCACCUCCACGUCGUCGGUGCCGCCCACGGCUGGCAUGCCCACGGGCCCUGGCGACCGCCCUGCACCACUCACACUGUCUGAACUGCCCGAGCCGCCCAUCCCAGUGUCCGAGAUCGGGCCCAUCCCGCCGCCGCCCAUGUUCAGCUCGUCUCCGCAGCCACCGCCCACCUCUGUCGGCAUGCCUGUGCCCACAUUCUUGUUUGAUGAUCAAGAUGAGGGCUCGUGCUGCGAUGAAGGUGAGGAUGAAGAUGAUGAAGGUGAUGAAGACGAUGCACACUACCUGUUCCGUGUUCCACAGCCUGAUCCAAGUAUAGACACGACACGCGUUGAGGAGAUACCGGCAAAAGAACCAAAGUUCCAUGCUGUGCCGCUUAAGUCUGCAUUGAAAAAGAAAGGUAGUGGAGGCAGUAAUACAGGAGGGAGCGGUCCAGGUACUCCACAGAACACACCAACACAAGAAAGCAGGCCUCUCACUCUGCGCCAGGACCAUACGUCCUUCAAAAGGCCAUCUUCUAGACCUCGAACAAGGAUAAGUGCUCGUCCUGUGAGAUUCGGAAUCCCUCUGCCAUGUACAAUGGAAAAUAAGGAGAACACAAGGCCAUAUGUGAUAAGAGAGGAUGGUGAUGGACCAGUGCUUUAUCGAGAAGAUGCUGACAGUGAUGAGGAAAGUCGCCUUGCUGCUAAGAUUGCACGGAAAGAUAGUUUGGCUCUGAAACUUGCUUUGCGGCCCAACAGGCAAGAACUGAUUGCUCGCAACAUAAUUCACGAAGAAAGUGAAAAUGAACGAAUGGAGACAAAGGAAGCAAUUGGUGCACGGCUGAUAAGGCGGCUGAGCAUGCGACCAACACAAGAAGAAUUGGAAGAAAGGAAUAUAUUAAAAAAACAAAGUGCAGCAGAGGAAAAGAAGAUGAAAGAAGAAAAGAAGAGGAUGCUUCUGCGAAAGCUUAGUUUCAGGCCGACAGUUGAAGAGCUCAAGGAGAAAAAGAUCAUUCGAUUUAAUGAUUACAUUGAAGUGACACAGGCACACGAAUAUGACAGGAGGGCAGAUAAACCAUGGACUCGCCUCACACCUAAGGAUAAGGCUGCCAUCCGUAAGGAACUCAAUGAGUUCAAAAGUUCUGAAAUGGAAGUGCACGAAGAAAGCCGUCACCUCACAAGGUUCCAUAGGCCAUGACGACAGCAACGUAUAGGCAAGGAAAUCCACUGGGCCAGUGUCAUUCAGGGGCCGCUCAUGAAGAGUGUACUUGUGAUAGUGAUGCUGCAAUAUAGUGUUACGUCCAAGCUGACUGACUUUUACACUCUCAUCCUGGCCAGAAGUGAUCCUUUUUUCAUAUGAAAAUGAAUCACAUCUGUUACAUAUUGAUUAAUUUCAUAUUAUUAGAGCAAAUUUGUGUGUAAGAAACAAAUUUUAAUAUCUCGUCUGUAAAUAAUGUAAAAUUACCUUUGCAGCCAUUUCUCGCAGGGAUGGCUUCUGGACUCAGUAGUGCAUUUUUUGGCACAACUCUUUAAGGGAAAGAAAGUAAUGGUUACCCACCAAAUCUUCAUAGAUCAGUAAAUUUCAGAAGUGGAGAUGAGUCUGCAGUUUUGUUUUGCCUGGUUGUGUAGCUGUGGGUGUUCAUGGCUGCAGUUAUGCUGAAUGUAGUAAAUGAGAUAAUUGCCUUAGAAAAUUGAUUGUUUCUAUUAAGCCUGUCUAAAAUGGCAACUGUAUUUAUUACUGUUUUUGUAGAUAACAAUGAUCAAGUCUUAACCCUGUGGUUUCUCAGAGUAUUAGAGAAAUCAUUAUGAAAGUUUUAUGUCACUACCAACUUUCUCGGGACAUGAACAAAUUAUUUUUAAUUAUUCCAGUUUUCUUUAUAUAUUGAGUUAUUAAAUGAUAUGUGAAUGCACUUAGUCUUGUUAUUAAAUAAAACUAUAUAUUUCCUGAUGAACAUUGUGCAUGUAGGAUAUUCCCAGAAAAAAAUAUCAGUGUCUGGCUGGUUGCACCAUUGCCCUGUAAUUAAAAAUAAAAUUCAAUCUAUGUUUUUAAACAA